GACGCGGAUCUCUUUGGGCGGGUGGCGGUUGCUGGGGCCGUCGAGGCGGCAGCGACUCUGCGCCCCCGGCUCGGGAUGGAGACAGGGCCGCAUCCCUGGCCUGGGCACUGCUGCAGGCCUCGCGGGCGGCUGGACAUGAACCACGGCUUCGUGCACGAUAUCCGACGGAACCCGAUCGCCCGGGACGACUGCGACAAGAAGGUGAAGCAGGCGGCCAAGGAGAAGGUGAGGACGCGGCACAUGCCCGCGCCGACUGGGCCCCGUGAGCUAGACCUGCGGGUGUACCUGCUGCGACCAGGAGAUGUCUCCGCCCACCCAAGCAGCCUAGACGCUGAAGAGUCGGGUGAAAGCAGCAGUAGUGCAGGCUCCGACCUGGAGCCUUCUGGCUGUCAGCUCUUCUGCUUGGAGUACGAGGCAGACAGUGGAGAGGUCACAUCAGUUAUGAUGCAGCGGGAUGAGAUGUCGGCGCGCAAGCCUCUGGAUCCACCCAUGCGAGAAGCCCUCCAGUUGCAUAUCCAGAAGGAGAUUGCAAAGCGCCGGAGCCGACACUGA